UAACAUCUGAACAAAGAAAGAAAAGGAGUGAGAAAAUAAGCCAAACAAAAUGUCAAAGCCAGCUUACUGCCUCGAUACAACAAAUACUCCCUUCUUCCUACUCCACUGGAACUGAAAGAAACCACUCACAUCUCACUCCAUCCCCAACCUCCUUUGUAACAACAACUCUCUAAAAAGCUCUUUCAUUUAUUUGUCUGACAUGACAAGCAACAGAGAAGAUUCACUUUUAUACCCCAAUAAUCCUUCAUCCUCAUCCUCUCCAAUCACAGUUUCUGACCAUCUUGAUACUACCUUCCUCACCGCAGAUCCAUCUGGUUCCCACCUAGGCAGCGCCUCCAAUAGCUUCCAAAACGACGCUGGUUUUCUCAACGAAAGCGCCAGUAGCAGUGAUGCCGAAUUCGGCUUCUCUAGGCCCGAGUUCAGGCAGAGCCCUCUCGCUGGAACUGUGCAGUUCUAUGAACGUCACAUGUUUUUAUGUUACAAGAACCCGUCUGUCUGGCCACCAAGGAUCGAAGCUGCAGAGUUUGAUCGAUUGCCUAGGUUGCUCUCUGCUGCUGUCAUGGCUAGGAAGGGUAAUAUGAAGAAAGAGACUCGCUUAACAAUAUGUGAGGGACAUGAUGGAACUGAGACAUCAAAUGGAGAUGUAUUAAUCUUCCCAGACAUGAUCAGAUACAGGAGAUUGACACAUUUUGAUGUUGACACAUUUGUUGAGGAAGUGCUUGUGAAGGAUGGUGAAUGGCUGCCUGGAACUCCAGAAACACUUAAGGGCUUUUAUGUUUUUGUAUGUUCUCAUGGAUCCCGAGAUCGUCGGUGUGGUGUUUGUGGUCCUGCUUUGGUCAGUAAAUUCAAAGAGGAGAUAGAAUUACAUGGACUUCGAGGUAAAGUGUCUGCUAGCCCAUGCUCUCACAUUGGCGGGCAUAAGUAUGCAGGAAAUGUCAUUAUUAUUGGAUCAAGCAUGAAUGGAGUUAUCACUGGACACUGGUACGGAUAUGUUACCCCAGAUGACGUACCCAUAUUACUAGAGCAGCAUAUUGGAAAAGGAGAAAUUGUAGAUUGGCUAUGGAGGGGCCAGAUGGGUUUAUGUGAAGAAGAGCAGAUCAAAUCCCAAGAGCUAAGGCUCCAACUAAAAGGUGAUACAGGUGUGGGAAAGAGCUCUAAUAAGUUGACACAAACCCAGAUAGAUGAAGCAUGCUCUGCAGCAACAAGUUCUGAAGUAGAAGUUGUGAAAUGUUGUCAGCAAAAUGGAAAUUCUACUUGUUGCCAAAAUCUUUCCUUACCUCAUAAGGAGGCUCAAGAUGCCAAUGAGAAGGGUUUGAAGGGGUCACUUGAGAAGAAGAAGAGCAGCAGAAAAGGGUUAUCUACGCGUAAGGUUGCCGCUAUGCCAACAUGGUUUGAGAGCUGGGAGCGUGAGGAUACAUAUGCAGCUCUUGCUGUUGCCUGUGCUGCAGUGUCGGUAGCUGUUGCCUAUAACUGCUACAAACAGCUGAACUAGAAGUUCGAAUUCUAGCGGGUGGGUUUUGUUAUUUUCUCCAUGAAUGCACUGUUAUGCAAGAUUGAUGUUGAAGGGAAAGGGGCUUUAAGCAAAAUCCUUAUAUGUCGUGUAAGAAUGCGUGAAUUAUUUUCUUUUUUUCUCUUUCUUGAAACUCGAAGUUUGUAAUUGUGCAUAUAAUUAAUUUGUAUGGUCUUUUCUAAACCUUCAA